GAGCAGGGUGGAGAGGAUGACCGCCCGCUCCGACUCUUAGACCACACGCUCAAGACAUUUCCAAUUUACUUCUCUCGCAAACUCAGCCUUUCUGAGCAGUCUGGUCCUUCGGAUGGAUUCAAAGCUGCACAUCGGACCGAUGGUUCCGACACCGGAGCCGACCCGCAGCGCACCUUGGAAUAUCACUUCCAUCAACCCGCACCGGAUCAUCGAGGCGUCCCCGGUGGCUCCAGCUGGAGGUAUCGUCCCAGGCCAUGCGUUUCCAACGGUGAACGUACCUGACCAUGCUCACUACACCAUCGGCGUUGUAAUACUGGCUGUGGGCAUCACAGGCAUGUUGGGAAACUUCCUGGUCAUAUAUGCUUUCAGCAGAAGUCGGAGUCUGAGGACGCCUUCUAACAUCUUCAUUAUCAACUUGGCAAUUACAGACUUCCUUAUGUGUGCCACUCAGUCACCUAUCUUUUUCAUUACAAGCAUGCAUAAACACUGGAUCUUUGGAAAGAAAGGGUGUGAACUAUAUGCUUUCUGUGGAGCACUGUUUGGUAUUUGCAGCAUGAUGACACUGAUGGUGAUUGCAGUGGACCGAUAUGUUGUCAUCACCAGGCCUCUGGCCUCUCUUGGAGCAAUGUCUCACAAAAAAGCUCUGUGCUUUGUCGCUGUUGCCUGGGUCUACUCCAUGGGCUGGAGCCUCCCACCCUUCUUUGGCUGGAGUGCCUACGUCCCAGAGGGUCUAAUGACUUCUUGCUCCUGGGACUACAUGACCUUCACCCCUUCCGUGCGCUCCUACACUAUGUUACUCUUCACUUUUGUUUUCUUUAUUCCUCUUUUUAUCAUCAUCUUCUGCUACUGCGGCAUUUUCAGAGCCAUCCGACACACAACACGAGCGAUAACAAAGAUCAACUGCAUAGGGAAAAGAGACUCUGCGAAGAAGUUCCAUAAAAUGAGGAGUGAAUGGAAGAUGGCAAAAAUCGCCUUAAUUGUCAUCUUGCUGUUUGUCAUCUCCUGGGCACCUUACUCUUGUGCAGCCCUGACCGCAUUUGCAGGGUACGCCGACAUGUUGACACCCUACAUGAAUUCUGUUCCAGCUGUGAUCGCCAAAGCUUCAGCUAUCCACAACCCCAUUAUAUACGCCAUCACGCAUCCAAAAUACAGAUCAGCCAUCAGCAGAUAUGUACCAUACCUGGGUGUGCUGCUCUGCAUCCCUGGCAGAGACCGUUACAGCAGCAGCAGCCUCCAGUCCACGAGACGAUCAACAUUGACCAGUCAAUCAGAGUGUAAAGGCACCGGCGGGCACCACAACUCUUCCCAGUCUGAGAGCGAAUCAGCGCACUUCUCGGACACCGAGGAGGACUGCUCUUCUCGGACUCCUGUCAGUCGUCACUUGUCUGUUGAUGUCAAACAGUUUCGCCAUGCCAGCCAGAGAUCAAAGACUCUGACAGAGCCUGAAGACAUCUGCAUGAUGGAGAUCAACCGGCAGCCAACCAGCCAUCUACGUGCUAGUAUGGAUAGCAUGAUAAGGGAACCUGGACCAAAGACAGUUUCCAAGAACACGUCAUCCAUCAUUGUCACCUCCAUAUCUACCCCGUCCAUACUGCACAGUCCUCCUGGUUACCACGGGAGCCUAAAAGUGGCUAAAACUGUCACUCCGGUCAGUAAGGAGCUACUGGACAUCGCUAAACUGGAGACAACGGUGUUACCGUGAACAGGCUACAGUUUAGCACUGUGUCGUGCUGUCCCCCUUCUAAGGAGGAACUUGUAACCAUACUGUAUGCCAUUUGAUAGUUAUGAUAACUGGAAAAUUUUGCAUGCAGUUAAAAUGUAUUUAAAUCAAAAUGCCCAGGAAAUGUAGUGGAUGUGUGUCUGCACUAUAGGCAUGGGUCAUUCUCAGUCUAGAUAAAUACAUUCCAAGGUUCAGAAAGGUUGUGUGAAAUGUAUUACAGAUGAGGCACAAACUCAUCUGGAGUCACAGGAACAGAUUGAUCAGAAAAUGGAUGCUUCUGUCACCGUUUUAACGCUUUUAAUGCAUGAAGUUGUUUUUAAAGCCUUUCAUUAGGCUACAAUCAAUCCACAUGCUUCAACAAUAUGAACAAAACAACAUUUAACAUCAGUUCUGUUUAUUUCUUUCAUUUACAGUAGUCAUAUGGGUUUUUUUUUGGUUUUAGUUUUCUGUUUUAUUUCUUUCUUUUAUAAAAUUUGAAAAAAAUCAUAUACUUUAUCAUUGUUAUUUGCAGUCCAUGGAGGCAGUGUGCUUUAAUCAAGUCUUUUUGAAAUCUCCUGGUUGACCUUCACCUUUGCCUUGUGAGUGUUGAUGUUCUGUUUUUGAAGUGGCCUGACCAGCUCUCUCGCUCAGCUGUUGCUUUGUCGUCUCAAUGUAGGAUAAAGUAGGGAAGCCAGACUCCACUUUUUCAUGGCACCAUUGUCACCUUUUUGGCAUUUUUUUCUUGUAGCAGAAAAUGCAGCUACAGCUAGGGAUUUACUCCCACUCACUUUUUUAAGAUAACAGAAUUUUCAAACUAAUGAUCUACCGUGUUAACUAGUAACAUACUAAGGCAGAUUGUUUGAAAACUAAAUUAGUAAUUUUGUGCAACAAGAAUGCUAAAUGUAGAUUUGGUCAGAAUUGACUUUUUGAGCAACUCACAUGCUUGGUUAGAAAAGAUCUUGAGCCGGUUUGUUGACUCAACACAUCUUACUUUUUUACAUGCUGUGGACCCUGCUAGUUUACUUGUAGGUAGGUAGCAAUAGGAGCAUGAAGGAAAUUAUUGAAUAACAAAAAAGGUUUUAAACUGAAGGUAAUCAUUUGUUAGGAAACACUUAUAAAGCAAAGAAUACUUGGUCUAUAUGUGCAAAUCUGUAGCAGCAGGGAGCCCUCGCUCCAGGCUGGGACUGGGAACAAUUUUUGGCCCUGGCAUUUUUACAUCUACUUCGACCCCACAAAAAAUAGAAGCACAGUCAAACGCAUGCAUCUAAAAUUUGAAACACAAUACGAAUACACAUUGUGGAUUAACCAACCUAUCUUUAAGCAUCACAUGACAACCAUCACCGAGACUUCCAUAAUGCAGUUUUACUGGCUUUGGUUAUUAACACGGAUGCGACAGUGACUGCUGUUGCAUAACGUCCUCACUUGCACUAAGCCAGCCAGACACCCACUCACACACACUAGGUCUACAACGUAACUCACUUGUUGACGUCUUCAGGAUGCCUGCUGCUGACACAACAAGGAUGCGAUAACCCUCUUACUGGUCCAUAGCGAUUCGCAUCUGUGCAUUCGCGGAGCUGCCCACUUCACUCCUGUUCCUCAAUGCGCUGUUUUAUAUGUUGCCAAUCCCCCUUACCUAAGUUAGCCACGAACGUUCAAUACCACUCCUGCAACAAAGCUUUUAACCAUGAGCAAGCUGAACAGCUCAGUUUGAACUGUUAUGGUACGUUCACACCGCAUGCAAUUAAAGCAGCAGAAGCAGCUUGUUUACAUGCAAAGUCAAUGGCUGAAUCGCAUCAAGGACGCUCUUGAUGCACAUCUGACCUUAAUGUGUACAAACUUCAAAAAUCAAGCAGCAGGUGCAUUUUUGCUGCCUAAAGCGCAUCCGGUUUGAAUGCAGCAUUAGCCAUGCCUCUAAUCAUGCCUCUAACCUUCAUUGAGAAACUUACCUCCCACUCUGGGUGAAGGUGAAAAAUCCCACAUCUCAUAGUAAAAGUAUGAAGAUACCUGUCUGGGAGGACUACAGCAAAGUCCAGAUUCAGUCCAAGGAAGCCCCCGCAGAGCCCUCCACUUCAAGUAGGCUGGUCCAUAAUUUACACGGCUAGCUUCCGUCUUUGGUCAUUCUUGGGUUUCACCGGUUUCAAGUCGUAAUACAUUUUUUGUGUAAUGCACCUUAAAGAUGAAUUACCUACAGACCUGUUAUCAUAUUUUGUGUUUUCCAGCCUUUAUUUUGAUCUGAUAUGAUUUUCUGCUUACAGAUAAUGAAGAUAUCAUAUUUAAGGUUAUCAUAUUACAUCAGAUCCCUGAAAGAUACGCUUUUACAUACAGAAAUGUGGGGUGUAAAAAAAUAUAUGUUAAUUGUAAAAUUAUCCAAUUGUAAUGCACAUUCUAGUUCCUAUUAUGAUACGGGUUUUAAUCCCAUGCUGGCCCAUGCCUAUAGUAUGCAGAACAAUGUUAAACUUUUUCAUAUCAUCAUCAUUAAAGAUUUACCUCAAUGUUGAAAGGAAGAAAUCAGCCUUAAAAUAACUGUGUCAAGGAUUGUUGGAAGACUUCAUGAUUUGAAAAUUUAAAAAAGCAUUUUUUUUCCACGCAUAUGACCUAAGUGGUUGGUAAAAGUGUCUUUUUUUGUGGGGUUGUUUUGUUAGAAAACAAAAUGUCUAAAAAUCACAAGAUUUCUUGAUCAUUUUUGCACAAUAUGUAAGAUCUAACCUUUCUAUGAAUUUUCUAGCUAUGUAUGCAAUUACUGAUAGCAUGGAAACAUGCAGUAUUUCCAUAAAAAGAAUCAGUGAUUCAUGUUAUCGAGCAAAGCUUUGUGAUUACUGAAAAGUUUUAUUUCUAAGUGAGAUAUAGAUGUAUGUACAGUAAAAUACAUACCACAAUGCUAAAGAAAGAAACCUGUUGUUUCAUUUUACUCUGUAAUUUCUUAUCAAAAGGCUGAGGUAUCAAAUUCAAUAAGACAUUAAAACAUGAAAAAU